AUGAAAGAAUAUGUAGAUAAUAAGACGAAGUACGAAAACCUGUUUUAUCUUUUGAAUACACUAAAAGCGGCAGUUCCAGAAGGCAUGACAUUUCCUGGUUCUAUACCCGAUGUAGCGGAACGAUGUGGUCGCUGGGCUCCAGAUUCACUAUCAGCUUCCGUGUCAGGCAGCUCUGACGAAAAGCCAACGCCGCGGCGGCCACGAUGGAAAAUUGCCCUCGCUGGGCUUGUGGUGUUGGCUGGUCUCGGCGCUGCGCUAGCACUGCCUCUCAUUCUUGGCAGUGGGGGGCGAGCCACAUCCGAACAGCGGCUCACCACUGUGAGGAGAAUGCUACGUGACUUCCCUCUCGUCGAUGGCCAUAACGAUUUGGCGUGGAAUGUUAGAAAAUUCUUACAUAACAAAAUAGGAGAUUUUAAUUUAAGUGCCGGUUUAGAAAGUCUGGAGCCGUGGGCUCGUUCGCGCUGGUCGCACACCGACAUUCCACGGCUGCGGUUGGGGCAGGUCGGUGCACAGUUCUGGUCAGCUUAUGUACCCUGCGGAGCGCGGGAUAAAGACGCUGUCCAGCUAGCCUUAGAGCAGAUGGAUGUAAUUAAAAGAAUCGUGGAUAUGAACGCCGCACAUCUCGCUUUAGUUACUGAUGCUGCAGAGUUAUUAGAAGCGCACCGUGAUGGACGAAUAGCUUCACUCAUAGGAGUAGAAGGGGGACAUGCUCUUGGGGACUCCCUUGCGGUACUUCGCGCUUUCUAUCAACUGGGUGCUCGUUAUCUCACUGUCACUCAUACUUGUGAUACUCGAUGGGCGCGCGCCGCUGGCACCUCCGGUGGACUCACAGAGUUCGGGCGCGCCGUAGUGCGUGAGAUGAAUCGCCUCGGUAUGAUAGUUGAUCUUUCACAUGCUGGUGAGGAAACAGCUCGUGAUGCACUGGAAACUACUCAAGCACCUGUAGUGUUUUCACAUUCAGGAGCCGCUGCAAUAUGCAACUCUUCCCGCAAUGUUCCAGAUGAUCUAUUGCGAAUGAUUGCUGCUAAUGGGGGUGUCGUAAUGAUUAAUUUCUAUGCCAAAUUAAUAACGUGUGGGGAGAGAGCGACGGUGGAAGAUGUGGUAGCGCACAUAAAUCACGUCCGUCGAGUAGCUGGAGUAGAGCAUGUGGGGCUAGGGGCAGGCUAUGAUGGCAUUGAUGCUCCUCCAGAGGGUUUAGAAGAUGUAUCAAAAUAUCCCCAUUUAUUGGCCGAGUUAUUGCGAGAUCCAGACUGGAGCGAAGAUGACGUGCGGAAACUUGCAGGAAUGAAUGUGGUCCGUGUGAUGCAAGAUGUAGAGAGAGUGCGCGAUCAAUGGCGUCGCGCGGCGGUGCUGCCGGGCGAAGAAUCUCCCGGAGUCCGGUCCAGCGACUGCACCUAUAGGCCUGCGUGA